AUGACCGAAAAUUCUGAAGAGAAACAUUCAUGGUUCGGACAAAUCAAAGAAGCUAUUGAACAUGAAGCAAAGAGUUUUAAUUCUUUGAAAGCUGAAGGAAAUGUUAUGAAAGCUUUUGAUGAUUUGGAUGAUAGAGUUAUUGAAAAAUUAAAGGACACUACUCUUUAUCCCGAACUAGAAUGGGAUGCAACUGUGAGAAAUAAUAAUGAUUUAAGUGAAGAAGAAAUAAAAUUUAUUCACGAUAGAAAACUUUUUAUCCGUGAAGCAUUCGCAAAAUAUGUGGGAGUCGAUGUCAGUGAAAUUCAUAUUGAUGAUAUUCCAGUAAUUGCAUUUAUGGGAAGCGGCGGAGGAUUUAGAUCCAUGAUUUCUUUUACUGCUUAUCUCAGGGCUGUCCAAGAAUCUGAACUUUAUGAUUGUGGUGUAUAUCUCACAGGGCUUUCUGAGACUUCUGAUCCACAGACAGCUGUUGAAUUAGUAUUUGGAUCUUUAAUUCAGAAAAAUGCUACCGGGGUGAAAUUAUCAAUUAUGGAUGUUUACGGUGCAUUGUUAGCCGCAAAACUUAUGAUCGGUAAAGAUCCCACAAAACAAUUUGGUGAUUUUAAAUUGAGUGAACAAAGAAAAUAUAUUGACGGUGGGAAGAAUUUAAUGCCUCUUUAUGUUUCAACUUUUCAUGUUCGUCCAUGGAAAGAAGAUGCUCUUAAAUCAGAAGAAGCGGCAUUAUUUCCAAAUUACGAAGAAACGUUUGAAAACCAUAAAAUGAAGAAAGAUUAUUAUAGGUGGUAUGAAUUCAAUCCUUAUGAAAUUGGAAAUGAAGAAAAUCCGGCAUGGAUUCCUUCUUGGGCAUUCGGUAGAAAAUUUGAAUUUGGAAAAACUGUUGAACGAUUUCCUGAACCAAGUUUUGGCAUAUUACUUGGUGCAAUGGGUGCUGCGCCUUCUGUUUCACUUAUAGAAGUAAUUAAGGGAUUGGAAAUAUUUCUUCCUGAUGGAAAUUUUAGAGAUGAACUUAAAAACCUUUAUGAUGAAGCCAUGGAAAAAAUUGGAACUCAUAACCAACAA